AUGAUGAGCUCUGCGGAUCCCAAGUCGCCUUCUUCUACCAUAAAGCAGCCUGUCAAGGCCACUACGGCCCGUCCUUCUCGCCAGGCCAAGCGUCCUAGGCUCGUUGAGUCCAAUGCUGAGGAUGAGGUUGUCUGUCUCGGUACUGAGCUAUCCCCUAAACCCACCUCAUUAGCUCCUCAAACUCCGUCUGCUCCUGAGUCCCCCGGUGUAUCUAUUGAUGAAGAAGUCACGUUUGUAGAAAGCAAACCACUCUCUGCUUCCGGUACGCCUACCACCCUCUAUACUCGUCUGUUCUGUACCCUCGCUAAUAUAUACGACCGCUCAGCCAAGUAUACCGCUGCAUUAUCGGAGGCUAUGCACCAGGGUAAGGUGUCGCAGGAUUGGCAUGAAAUCGAGCCCCAUAUCGCCCCCCCGCCUAUGCCCCCGGUUAUGCGUUACACUCUUCUCAAUGACGCCGCGUUCGCCACGCAGAUGACCUGUUACACGCGCUACAAGGAGACUCUCGCUGCUAUAUCCCGUCUGGAAUAUGAACGUAACAAGCUUACGACCCGCCUGUGGGAAUUCUACAUGGAGAGAUGCGAGGACUCUGCGGAUGAACAGACCGAUACUUAG